UAAAACUAAAAGCUUUAAAAAAAAGAUAGAAAUCAAUGGAUUUGCAGAGAGGAUUGCCACUGCUAAUCCAACAAUUCGGUGCACUGUUCAAGAAGAAUUUCCUUCUCUCAUGGCGGAACAAGGGGGCGACGUUUCUUCAACUCUUCUCGUCUCUCUUCUUCAUAUUCCUCAUCUUCUGUAUCGGGAAAGCCAUUCGUUCUCGGUUCUCCUCUUCUACAGAGUAUGAAAACGUCUUUGAUCCUAAGCCUCUGGUCUCUCUUUCGAUUCCUCCUUGCGAGGAUAAAUUCUACACAAAGCUUCCUUGCUUCGACUUUGUUUGGAGCGGUAAUGGAAGCGCUAAGAUCCAGUCUAUUGUCAAUAGAAUCAUGACCAAUAAUCCUGGCCGCCCGAUUCCUUCCGAUAAGGUCAAAUCAUUUAGUACACGUGAUGAAGUGGAUGCAUGGCUAUAUAGUGAUCCAAUGCGUUGCCCAGGAGCGCUGCAUUUUGUAGAAAUAAAUGCUACUGUAAUUAGCUAUGGCUUACAAACUAAUUCUACUCCAGUUAGUAAACGAGGGCAGUAUGAAGAUCCCACAUUCAAAUUUCAAAUUCCACUCCAAAUUGUUGCAGAACAUGAAAUUGCUAGGUCUCUAAUUGGAGAUGCAAACUUCAACUGGGCUGUUAGAUUUAAGGAAUUUGCACACCCUGCAAUAGAAGAGUUCUCUGUUGUGGCUGUAGUAGGUCCAACAUUUUUUCUUGCAAUUGCCAUGUUUAGUUUUGUUAUCCAAAUUAGUUCCUUGAUCACAGAGAAGGAACUAAAACUUCGCCAGGCAAUGACAAUGAUGGGUCUUUAUGAUUCUGCCUACUGGUUGUCAUGGCUCACAUGGGAGGGAAUUAUCAUACUUAUUGCUUCACUUUUCAUUGUUCUCUUUGGAAUGAUGUUCCAGUUUGAUUUUUUCUUAAACAACAGUUUUUCAGUUGUAUUCCUCUUGUUCUUCCUUUUCCAACUCAAUAUGAUUGGUUAUGCUUUCAUGCUGUCGUCCUUUAUAAGCAAGUCAUCUUCAUCUACAAUUAUUGGUUUCUGCAUUUUUAUCAUCGGAUUUUUUACACAGCUUGUUACAAUAUUUGGAUUUCCCUAUAGUGACAACUUUCCUAAUUUCUAUCGGAUUAUAUGGUCACUAUUCCCUCCUAAUCUUCUUGCUGAAGCUCUAUCAUUGCUUGCUGAUGCAACUUCCACUUCUCAAGAUCCUGGGAUUAGCUGGAGUAAACGAGCAGACUGUGCACCAAAUGAUUUGGAUUGUGUCAUUACAAUUAAUGAUAUCUAUAUAUGGCUCACAGCCACAUUUUUUCUAUGGUUUCUUUUGGCCAUCUACUUCGAUAAUAUAAUCCCAAAUUCAUCGGGUGUGAGGAAAUCUCUAUUUUACUUUUUGAAGCCUGGGUAUUGGACAGGAAGAGGUGGAAACAAGGUGGAAGAGGGUGGCAUUUGUAGUUGCAUAGGUUCUAUUCCAUCUUUGGAGGACAUCACUCCAGAUGAUGAAGAUGUCCUUGAAGAGGAAAACAAAGUAAGACAACAAAGAAGGGAAGGUGUAGCUGAUCCAAAUAUUGCAGUUCAGAUAUGCGGUCUUGCAAAAACAUAUCCUGGGACAACUAAUAUUGGUUGCUGUAAAUGCAAGAAGACUUCGCCUUACCAUGCUCUCAAGGGAUUAUGGGUGAACUUUCCAAAGAAUCAACUAUUUUGUCUCCUUGGACCCAAUGGAGCUGGAAAAACUACUACAAUUAAUUGCUUGACUGGAAUUACCCCAGUCACUGAGGGUGAUGCAUUAAUAUAUGGAUAUUCCAUUCGAAGCUCUAUAGGAAUGUCAAACAUUCGAAGAAUCAUAGGAGUUUGUCCCCAGUUUGACAUCCUCUGGAAUUCUUUGUCUGGUCAAGAGCACCUAGAGCUGUUCUCUAGCAUUAAAGGCCUCCCCCCUUCUUCAGUCAAAUCAGUUGCUCAAAAAUCAUUGGCAGAGGUGAAACUCACCCAAGCAGCCAAAAUGAGAGCUGGGAGUUAUAGUGGAGGAAUGAAACGCCGCCUUAGUGUUGCUAUAGCACUAAUUGGUGAUCCAAAGUUGGUCAUUAUGGAUGAACCGACAACUGGUAUGGAUCCAAUAACAAGGCGGCAUGUGUGGGACAUAAUAGAGAAUGCAAAGAAAGGGCGUGCCAUUGUCCUAACGACACACUCAAUGGAAGAAGCGGACAUAUUAAGUGACCGCAUUGGAAUCAUGGCAAAGGGUAGGCUUCGUUGCAUUGGGACCUCAAUUAGGUUGAAGUCUCGGUUUGGAACUGGUUUUAUUGCUCAUGUAAGCUUCACUGGAAGCACGAAUGGAAACACUCGCCCCAAUGACGAUGCAGUCUCCACACCUUAUCAUGAGGCCGUAAAGCAAUUCUUUAAAUAUCAUUUGGAUAUAGUGCCCAAAGAAGAGAACAAGGCCUUCUUGACUUUUGUCAUUCCCCAUGAUCGAGAAGCACGGUUGACGAAAUUCUUUGGAGAGCUCCAAGAUAGAGAAACAGAAUUUGGAAUAGCAGACAUUCAACUGGGGCUUACAACUCUUGAAGAAGUUUUCUUGAAUAUUGCAAAGAAGGCAGAGCUAGAAAGUGCCGCAGCUGAAGGGAGCAUGGAAUCUCUGACUUUAACAUCCGGCAUAGUGGUUCAGGUACCUGUGGGAGCCAGAUUUGUGGGAAUUCCAGGAACAGAGUCUGCAGAGAAUCCCAGAGGAGUUAUGGUAGAAGUACAAUGGGAACAAGAUGAUACUGGUUCGCUCUGCAUUUCCGGGCACUCGCCUGAGACUCCAGUACCUCCUAGCAUCCCACAGAUGCCUUCUUUGCGUAGAAGGUCAAGGACUGUUCAAGGGGUCGUGAUUGACCCAAAUCAAAUUGUUUCAAAUGAUGAUCGAUGAUAGAUUCUAAUAUUCAUACAGGUAAAAAUACCAUGUUUUGUUAUCUUAUACAUUUAAUUGAAGCGUGGCAGCGUUUUGUAAUAAUGUCCUAAAUGUACUGUAUAGCAACUAAAAUAAUGAAAUGCCUGUUAGAAUAACACCUUUUGAGAAUAA